AUGGCGCUAGCUGGCGUGGAAUGCCGUGUAACAAAAGGUGGUGGUGAUGGCGGUUUAUCUCAAACACUUGAUGAGGCGAACUCGCCGGAUGAAGAAAAUAUAGCUCUUAGCGAUGCAGAGACUGUGGUCGUCGUCAGUCACAUAUAUCGUGUAAAAGACGCAAAGGUGCAGAAGAAAUCUCCGAAACGUAAGGCCGCCAAGAAAUCCAUUACCAAAUCAUCAAAGUCUAAAAUCUUCGACAAGAAAUGUAUGCCCAAAAUCAGAAUCCUUCUUCCUCAAGCAAGUUAUUAAGGAAGUAUGAUAAGAAAGGGUAUUUAUUCAACUGUGAUAUACAUGAAAGAAGCUUCUUUAUUUUCUUUUUCUGUAAAAGUGUUUAAUUUCUUUGUAAUUAAAUGAUUAAAAUGA